GAACAAAGAAAAUUCAUCACCCUUAGAAUCAAAUCAAAUGCAAGGUAAAAAUAAACCGAAAAAGAGGAAGAUAGCCGAAACCUCUAACGUUAUCACAGAAACACUGCCAUCUGCAGAAUCAGAACCUGUUGAAAUUGAGGUUGAGAUUGCUGAGGGGACAGUUGAAGUGGAAGAUGAUGGCAUCAAAACACUUGAAGUAGCUUCUGCAGAGCAAUCUAUAAAGUACAUACAGACAACGGGUACAUCAGAUGAAUCUGCUUUGGCUCUUUUGGCAGAUAUCACCAGUAAGUAUCGUCAGGGAGAGACAAAAUGCCAGAUCCAAGAAGGUGAUAGUGCAACUGAUCCCUCAUGCAAACAGGAACACAUGAAAACACAUUCUACUGAGAGUUACAAGUGUGACAUAUGCAAUAAAAGGUACCUACGAGAGAGUGCUUUGAAACAGCACCUCACCUGUUACCACUUUGAUGAAGGUGGUGCCAGCAAGAAGCAAAGACCUGGCAAAAAAAUACAUAUAUGCCAGUACUGUGAUAAGCAGUUUGACCACUUUGGACAUUUUAAAGAGCAUCUCCGGAAGCACACAGGUGAAAAACCAUUUGAAUGUCCAAACUGCCAUGAACGUUUCGCUAGGAAUAGCACACUCAAAUGUCACCUGACGGCCUGUCAGUCUGGAGCUGGAGCUAAAAAGGGAAGAAAGAAGCUGUAUGAAUGUCAGGUUUGUAACAGUGUGUUUAACAGCUGGGAUCAAUUUAAAGAUCACUUGGUAAUACAUACCGGUGACAAACCCAACCACUGUACCUUAUGUGAUUUGUGGUUUAUGCAAGGCAGUGAGCUGAGAAGGCAUCUCAAAGACACACACAAUAUUUCAGAACAAAUAGUGACAGAAGAGGUUCUUCCAGUGGAAGUUGUGGAAGCUGAACCAGUAACAUCAAUGACUAUAAUAGAACAAGUGGAGCAAGUCCAUGUCUUACCAGUAAUCCAGGUACAAGUGAAUUCUGCACAGGUAACGGUGGAACAGAUGCACCAGGACCUCGUACAGGACAAUCAAGUCAAAGGCACUCAGAUAGAUGAACUGCAAGAACAGGUGCAAAUUAGUUACGUGGAAGUUGAACACAUUCAGACUGAACAAGGUGCUGAAGUUCAUGUGGAGCAGUUACAUGUUGAGCAUGUAAAUCAAAUACAGAUGGAAGAAGUACAGGCAGAACUUAUAGAUGGAACAGACCUGGAACAAGUAGAAUAUGAAAGUGUUGAUCGAGGAGAAGCAGAAGAAAAGGAAACUAGUCAAGUAGAUGAUAUAGAUAAGAAAGAUUAUGAACAAGCUGAAGACUUAAACUCAACAGUUAGUGGGGACACAGAAUGA